UUUGAUUCUCUAAUUCCGAUCAUAACCGCACAACAAAAUAUUCAAGCAGCUUUAAAUAUUAUGAUUGCGACACCUAAGAAGCUAACGUCUAAUUUGACAUUUUUAUACCAAUUGAAAAGAGAAGUAGCCGACUUGUACACUAAUACAAAUUCAGACAUAAAACGUGAUUUGUUAAUUACUGAAUAA